CUGAUAUUCUUGUUACUCUGCAUCCUCUCUUCAACCACCUCAACACUGACGUCCACCCUUUCAAGCAGGCGAUAGACCAUAGAAAACCUCAAGAAGCCAUACACUCUCACUCGAUCCUUUUGCGUUGUCCUCAAAUCCACCCAAGGCUGAGUCAUAGAGCCACAUUCAACCCACCUUCCAGCCCACCAUGGGCGACCAGAAGAUCUUGCCCAAAGAAGGCCAAAGAAACAUUCUCAUCACCUCUGCCCUACCAUAUGUUAACAAUACUCCUCAUUUAGGCAACAUCGUUGGCAGCGUGCUCAGCGCCGACAUCUUCUCCAGAUACUGCAAGGCCCGAGGAAGACCUACCCUUUUCGUUUGCGGAACGGACGAGUACGGCACUGCCACUGAGACAAAAGCGCUGGAAGAAGGAAUUACCCCAGAAGAAUUAUGCGCGAGAUACAAUAAAAUCCACGCCGAGGUCUACGAGUGGUUUGAGAUUGGUUUCGACAUCUUUGGUCGAACUCCUACCCGCCAACACACGGAAAUCUCCCAAUCAAUCUUCCUGAAGCUCCUCGAGAAUGGCCACCUCACCGAACACACCAACAGCCAGCCUUUCUGCGAGAAGCAUGGCAAGUUUCUGGCCGAUCGAUUCGUCGAAGGCACGUGUCCCAAAUGUGGUUAUGACGACGCUCGAGGUGACCAGUGCGACAAAUGCGGAACUCUCCUCGAUCCUCUCGAAUUGAUCAACCCUCGAUGCAAGGUGGACGGAGCAACACCGACGGUGCGGGAAACCAAGCAUACCUACCUGCGGCUGGACGAGCUGCAACCACAGGUUGAAGAGUGGGUUCACAAGUCGAUCGAAAAAGGUGGCUGGUCAAGAAGCGCAAAAGUGAUCACCGAGGCGUGGUUGAAACAAGGUCUGAAAGAAAGAGGCAUCACUCGAGACCUGGCGUGGGGUGUUCCAGUUCCUCGACCGGGAUACGAAAACAAGGUGCUUUACGUCUGGUUCGAAGCGUGCAUUGGGUACCCUUCGAUCACGGCCAACUACACGGACGAGUGGGAAAAGUGGUGGUACAACCCGGAAAAUGUGCAGCUAUAUCAAUUCAUGGGCAAGGACAACGUCCCUUUUCAUUCCGUCAUCUUUCCGUCAUGCCAGUUGGGAACCAAAGACAAUUGGACCAAGCUCCACCAUCUCUCUUCCACCGAAUAUUUGAAUUACGAGAAUGGUAAAUUCAGCAAGAGCCGUGGAAUCGGAGUUUUCGGCAACAACGCCAAGGAGACCGGUGUGCCUCCGGAUGUGUGGAGGUACUAUCUGCUCAAGAAUCGACCAGAGUCCAGCGACACGCAGUUUGAGUGGCGUUCAUUUAUCGAUGGCAACAACUCGGAGCUUCUGGCGAAACUGGGCAACUUUGUCAACCGAAUCAUCAAGUUGGUCAAUUCCCCCAAGGCUUACUCAGGAGUGAUUCCUGAGUUCGAUCCUCACAACCUUCCCGAAUCGUUCAAGGAGCAUCUGGCCGAGAUUACUGAGUCAGUGAAGCUCUAUCUUUCGGAAAUGGAGGCAGUGCAUCUUCGAAAUGGAGUGAAUGUCGCCAUGAAGAUCGCCGAAGCUGGCAAUGGUUUGAUCCAAGCUCAUCGGUUGGACAAUGCGCUGAUCGCCAACGACCCAAAACUGGCGGCUGCGGUGGUGGGAACAGUCAUCAACCUCAUCUACCUCACGUCGGCCAUUUUUGAGCCUUAUCUUCCUGCAACGACAGCGUCCAUCCGCAAACAGCUCAACCGAGACUUUUUACAGAUUCCUUCGGAAGAAGACAUUGAGGGAGGGUGGCUGCCGACUUAUAUCCCAUCCGGCCACAAGAUUGGUCAAGCAGAAUACUUGUUUACUAGAAUAGACGAGAAGAAAGCAGACGAAUGGAGAGACUACUUUGGAGGAAACCAAGCGGAGCGAGAGAAGAAACGCAAGGAAGAAGCAGAGCUUGCAGCCAAGAAGCUUGCACAAAAGGAAAAAACCAAGGCCAAAAAGGCGGCACAGAAGGCGGCGGCAGCAGCGGCAGCAGCAGGAGGAGGGGAGGGGGUCGAGAAGAACGCCAAAGGAGGGUCAAAGGGUAAAGAUGCAGUGAAUAAAGUGUCGGGUGUAGGAGAGGAUGCUGCUGUAGAAAAGAUGACGGACGGCGUGGCUCAGGUGACACUGCCGAGUUCUUGAUGAUAAACAUGGGCCGUGGAGUGAGGGACAGCGGACAGCGGACAGCAUUUACGAAGAAGAUGUUAGACUCAAGGUCAUGUCGAGCGAUGAUAUGUUCAAGAUGUCCUGACUGAUGCAGAAUUUCCAUCUGUGAUCAUCUGUAGUGCGAUUUAGGAUACAAUGAAACGAAUUGCUCGAAUGUAAAUGCCCUUGUCUAUGUCAUGAAUGUAGAUGGUACAAGUCG